AUGCUCAACUAUUCUGGACUUAUCGGGGUGCUGCUGAGCAUGUGCGCAUUUGCACCCCACGUAGCUGCCAAUGUCGAAAAGACAAUAUUCCUUGGUCCCGAGACCAUCAACGUCCCCCAUCAGAGCCCGACCAUCGCAGAUCUUGGUCUCGACGUGUUGAGCCCGCACAGCGCCGAGACUCGGUCGAUCCGGACUUACCUGGAGGCAGAAUUCCCUGGGAAGGACGAUCAAGGUCUCCGUAAGGGAAAGACGACAUGGCUUUUGCUCGACAACUUGAAGCCCGGGCAGCGUUACGAGGUUCGCGUAUGCUGGAUGGCAACCCAACCAACAUCCUUCACUCUAAAGACGCAUGAGGUCCCAGUGGUUUGGGAUACUCCUGAGCUGAUCUCAGCACUAUCAGAGUAUUCAACCGCUAGGCUAGAGAAAAGGUCCACUCACGAAGGAGAGAGACCUGAGCAGUCCAGUCGCAAAGCUACUGAGCGGCAGGGAGAGCACGAAGCCUCAGUGCUGUUGCUCGAAAUACUAGCCGCAGCCGAUUACUUCACCGACGACGCGGAUCUAAUGGAAAAAGUUGAGCCGGUGCAUGUCGACAUUAUUUUGGAUCCCUAUGUCUUCAACGUUCUACCACGCUCCCUCAUCCCGACUGUUCUUUACAUAUUGGUUGUAGCGACCGUCUUUUCGUUGUUUGCUCGCAGGAUGGCGGCAGGAUUUCGCGAAUUUGCUUCAGAUAAAGCUACUACUGAGAAGAAGAAGCAAUGA